CUAAGGUUAUACAAGAAAACCUCUGGGAAUGGCACACUCACCCUUUACCUGGGAAAGAGAGACUAUGUCGACCAUGUUCAGAAUGUGGACCCUAUCGAGGGAGUGGUGAAACUUGAUCCUGCAAGCCUUGCAGGCAGGAAAGUGUUUGUGAAGCUGGCGUGUGCCUUCCAUUACGGCCGCGAGGACCUGGAUGUCAUUGGACUGUCCUUUAGGAAAGACAUCUGGGUCAAGCACAUCCAGUUGUACCCUGAUGCUGGCCACAAACCCAACCUCACUCCCAUGCACGUUUGCCUGCUCAAGAAGGCAGGAGAGCAGGGCCGUGCCUUCACUUUCGAUAUUGCCACAAACCUUCCCUGCUCUGUCACACUCCAGCCAGGACAAGAUAAUGCUGGAAAGGCUUGCGGUGUGGACUUUGAAGUCAAGACGUACAUUGCAACUGAGGCAGACCCCGAAGAGAAACUUGAUAGGAAGGACACUGCCCGCAUGACCGUCCGUAAGAUCCAGUUUGCCCCAGACGAGACUGGUGCUCCUGGGCCCAGGGCCGACAUCUGCAAGAGCUUCAUGAUGUCGGACAAGCCUGUCCACCUACAGGCCUCGCUGGAAAAGGAGAUCUACUAUCAUGGAGAUCCGAUCGACGUCAACAUCAAAGUCAAAAAUGAAACCUCCAGAACAGUGACAAAAAUCAAAAUCAUAGUUGAGCAAACUACAGACGUGGUUCUCUACUCCGCAGACAAAUACACCAAAACCGUACUUUCUCAAGACUUUGGAGAGACAAUAGAUGCCAAUAGCACAUUCGAUAAAUCCCUUGCCAUCACCCCCUUACUGGCCGAAAACAAGAAGAAGCGCGGCCUGGCGCUGGAAGGCAGACUGAAGGACGAGGACACGAACCUGGCCUCCAACACUAUUAUUAGAGCCGGUAUGGAUAAGGAAGUGUUGGGAAUCUUGGUCUCCUACAAAAUCAAGGUCAACUUGAUGGUGUCUUCAGGAGGCUUGUUGGGAGGUCUCACAGCCAGUGACAUACAGGUGGAGCUCCCGCUGAUUCUCAUGCAUCCCAAACCCCAAGAGUAG